UUUGUCUAUUCAAAUCCCAAUUCAAAAAGCCUCUCUCUCUCUCUCUUUCUCUCUCUCUCUCUCUCUCUAUCUGCUCUCUAAACCCUUGCUCUCCAAGCUAAAAGCUACAGGCUAAAGCAAGCUUCCCAGCUGAAGUGAAGAAAAUGAUGACGACGACGAUGCGGCCGUGAUUCAUCACCAUCGACGCGCAUACAUAUUUAUGGAAGAGAAAGACCAGCCCCAUCACCAUCAUCACCAUCAUCGACAGCAGCAGCAGCAACAGCAGCAGAAUCAAGAUCGGUAUCCCCAGCAGCAGAGGAACAGGAUGAUGGUGGAUGCUCCGUCAAUGGCGAAUUCUCUAUUCGCGGACGAACCCACGAUGAUAAAUUACAACAUCUUCGACAUGCCCUCUGACGAGGUCGAGAAGGGCUUCAUGGACCUGCUCGCCAUCCCCGACAAUUACGACAUCGCCCCUCCCGCCGCCGCCGGCGCCGCCGGCGCCCCUUCUUUCUUGAUACACGACUUGCUCCACCACCACUACCAGCCCCCGCCGCAGCAUCUGCCGGGGGCGGCCGGGACGCCGUCGCCGUCCUCGCAGCAGCAGCAGCCGCUCCCCUCGCCGGCGUCCACCGUGCCGGAGACGUCGUCGGAGGUGGUGAACAACCCGGCGACGCCGAACUCGUCGUCGGUGUCGCUGUCGUCGAACGAGGCCGCGGGCAAUGAUGAGGAGGAGCGCGAGGCGAACAAGGCCGGGGAAGAGGAGGAGGAAGAGCAGAAUCAAGAUAAGUCUAAGAAACAGUUGAAACCCAAAAAGAAGAACCAGAAAAGGCAAAGGGAGCCGAGAUUUGCGUUCGUGACCAAGAGCGAGGUCGAUCACCUCGACGACGGCUACCGGUGGCGGAAGUACGGCCAGAAAGCCGUCAAGAACAGUCCUUAUCCGAGGAGCUACUAUCGUUGCACUACUGCAGGGUGUGGAGUGAAGAAGAGGGUGGAGAGAUCUUCCGAGGAUUCCUCCACCGUUGUCACCACUUACGAGGGCCAACACACCCACCUCAGCCCCGCUACGACGAAGAGCGGCCUUGGCAUAAUCCAAUCAGAAGCCGCUGCAUCCUACUGCGGUGGUCUUCCAGCAACUGCCGCCUCAUUUCUGAUCCCAGAUCACUAUAACCACCAGCAAUUGCAACCCCUUAAUGUGCCUUACUCUUUCACUUCACGUCCCUCUAAUUUGAGCCUCCUUACAAGUACUACAACUACCACUACUUCCGAACCACAUCGUUUUAGUCCCUCAUUUCUGAGGUUUUAUGAAGAGAAACCUUUUGUCGCCGUGCCAUCGUCGACCUCCUCGUCAUCGGGUUUGGAUUUGGUGAGAGAUCACGGGCUGCUUCAGGACGUCAUUGUGCCAUCGCAGCUGAGGAAUAAGCAGGAGCCAAAAGAGGAAUGACAAAACACAUGAUGAUGAUAUAUGCAUAUGUUCGUUUAAGUUGUGUUAAUUUUACUGGUAUGUAGUUCCUCUAACCAUUUCUUCUUUUUUUUGUAGCCUUAUUAUGGGGUCUGUAUCUUCUUUUUUAGGAGUACCCAUUUCACCAUUGCAUGCAUUGGUGCUUUGUUUUGGGGUUUUCUCUUUGUAAAAUGGUUUAGAGUUUUAGCAAAUGGAGUAAUUUAGUUUUAUGGGUACUUUGAUUUGACCUCUUCUUUGGUUAUUUGUAUCUAAACAUGUUAUUAGUCAUGGGGGCAUUCGGUACUGUAUCUUAAACUUUUUGAUAAGUUAUUCAAUUCUUGUUCUUUUUGGUU